GAAGAUAAAAGGGUCGGCCAUCCGUCUCUUCUCCUCGAUCUCGAUUCAGGGAUGUUUCUUUCUCGCAAAUAGCUACUUGUUUCCCCCGUAGCUAAGUGCAAUAUUGAGCUCAAGUUAUUCUACUCGCCAUUUCUUUGAGGAUUUCUCGCGAACACUUUGAUGUGCCUGACUGGUAGUUGAUUUCUUGAUGAUCCGAUCCGUAUUCCGAGCUUUAAACUGGUUGCCUUUGUUGAACAUCAAAAGUUUAGGUGUUUUUGAGGUGGAGAAAUGAGUAAUCGCUACUCUAGGCCUGACAAACCUGUUUCAGGUAAAUGGAAGAAACUGAGGGAUCUUAUGAUUAGAAGUGACAAUCGCAUUUGUGCUGAUUGUUGUGCUCCAGAUCCAAAAUGGGCGUCUGCUAAUAUUGGAGUUUUUAUAUGCUUAAAAUGUAGUGAGGUCCAUAGAAGCCUUGGUGCAGAAAUUUCAAAGGUGCUGUCUCUGACACUGGAUGAAUGGUCUGAAACCGAUAUGGAUUCCAUGAUUCAGGUUGGUGGAAACUCCUAUGCUAACUCAAUUUAUGAGGCUUUUCUUCCUAAAGACUAUCCAAAACCUAAACCAAACUCUAGUAAUGAGGAGCGAACCAAGUUUAUCAGUUCCAAGUAUGUGUCGCAAGACUUCUUGACACCAAGCUUGCGUAUUGUGUCAUCUAAGAUGUCUUUUCAAACUCUCGAAUCUGGAAAAGAUUUGGGUUGCAGCAUCACUUCCAACAGUUCAAAGAAAAAUGAAGAGAUGGGACAAUUCCUUGGAAAUUUGAAGAUCAAAGUAGUCCGAGGUUCGAAUUUGGCUGUUAGAGAUAUGCUAACUAGUGAUCCAUAUGUUGUCUUGAUACUUGGGCAGCAGAAAGCCCAGACAACAGUAAAGAAAAGCAACUUGAACCCAGUAUGGAAUGAAGAGCUCAAGUUUUCAAUACCACAACGCUAUGGGGCUCUGAAGUUGCAAGUAUACGACCACGACGUUUUAUCUGCUGAUGACAUAAUGGGUGAGGCAGAGAUCGACCUACAGCCUAUGAUCACCGCCAUGAUGGCUUUCGGGGAUUCUGAGCUCCUUGCAAACAUGCAGAUCGGGAAGUGGCUGAAAACAAGUGACAAUGCUCUCGUCGAAGACAGCAUCAUCAACAUUGUAGAUGGAAAGAUAAAGCAGGAGGUACUCCUGAAGCUACAGAAUGUGGAGUCUGGAGAGAUUGAAUUAGAACUGGAAUGGAUGCCUCUGGAUGAAUAAACUCGGUUGUAUUUUUGUAAUUGGUUUUGUUGUUGAUAUACUUGCAUAAGUUGGUUUUGGAUUUGAGGGCCUCUUUUGUUCAAGUUGGCAGUUUGUGAUGCAAAUUUUGUGGGUGGCCCAGUUAAUCUAAAUGUAUCUGAACAAAGAUUGUUUCAAACCAUCUUUUGUUUUGGCU